AUGACAAAAUAUAGUAGAUUACUAAUCAAUCUAAAUAUUAGAAUUGAACUCAAAUAUAUAUUAGACGAACAAAAGAAACAACAGAAUCAACAAUCACAAUCACAAUCACAAUCACAAUCACAAUCUCAAGUACAAGAACUAACACAAGGCUCCACUUUCAAUAAUGUUCUCACAUCGUAUAAGUCGUGGCGAAAAUCACUGAUCACUCAACAAGACAAUUACUUUUCUAAAGAGUUCCUUACAACCGACAUUCUUCACAAAGAUUAUAGAAGAGCAAUUGUAUUUAUUCAACACAAUGUACCUGUAACAAACGAAUCAAUAUUUCUCAACCAACAACUAUUGUACAAAAGUCAGGAAGACCUCAUAUUGCCUCUUUUCCCAUUGGCCAGAGAUAUUCUAAUUAUGCGUUAUAUGACACCCACCCAUCUCGUUGUACAAGAGUUUUAUCAAUCUGUCUUUUCCAAGAAGAUCUCAUUGACCAAAGAUGCUGUUGGAAGAAUCCUAGAGAAAUAUCUUUUUGAUACAUUGUUGGAACACAACCUCUUACAAGUACAGCCCUCACUGGUGACAGGAACAGAUGACAGAAAAGGUGUUACCUGCUAUGAAUUUACCCUUUGUUCACAAGUCGUCUUUGCAUGGGACAUAGUCCAAUAUAUCGUGGCUCAAAAUGAUUUAUCACAAAUCGAUUGGUCUAAGCCCUCACUUAUCAUUCCUCGUGCGUCUAACUACAAGGUGGCUGAUUGGUUCUUCUGGAAUCCUUCCUCAAAGACUCUGUCUGCUUUCCAGGUUACUAUUGGUUCAAAACCCGCUAGCAAAUGGGCUGAAUCCGGUCUCAGAACCCAAUUCCAAAACUCUUGUCACUUUACUAAAGAUAUUUUUGUUUGGAUUGUGAAGAAUGAUUUUGACUAUAAUCAGAAACACUUUAUUAAUCAAUACUUUAUUACCAUUCCAGAAUUAGCAAAUAACAGAAUGUUUGAUUUACUUAAACAAUUUACUGUAUAA